CGCCGCUCUUUGGCUUCUUACGUGGUUCUUCUACUUUUACGUUGCGCAGCUGCCUUACUCAUGGAGACGAAUUCCGCUGCCGCCUUCUGCUAAAACUAUCAGAGGAGCUUGAUGGGUGGCUUAGAGCAUCGGGCAUUGCUAAAUCUCCCGAAGUGAGAGGUGUAAUUGCACCUCAUGCAGGUUAUUCAUAUUCCGGACGAGCUGCAGCCUACGCAUUUGGGAACAUCGACCCAGCAAACAUCUCAAGGGUUUUCCUCCUUGGCCCAUCACAUCACCAUUACAGUCCAAGAUGUGGACUUUCAAAAGCCACAAUGUACAAGACGCCACUAGGUGAUCUACCUAUUGAUCAAGAAGCUACUGGGAAGUUUGAAUUAAUGGAUCUUCAGGUUGAUGAGGCUGAACACAGCAUGGAAAUGCAUCUACCAUACCUUGUUAAAGUAUUUAAUGGAUAUACUGUGAAGAUUGUGCCUAUUUUGGUUUGCUCACUUAGCGCUGAAAGUGAAGCUACUUAUGGUCAAUUAUUAGCUAAAUAUGUGGAUUAUCCUACCAAUUUCUUUUCUUUGUCUUCAGAUUUUUGUCACUGGGGUGCACGGUUCAAGUACACGAGCUUUGAUAGAAAGCAUGGAGCCAUCUAUGAGGCCAUUGAGGAAAUGGAUAAGAUGGGAAUGAAAUUAAUAGAAACAGGAGAUCCAGAUGCAUUUAAGCAGUACCUUACAGAGACACAAAAUACUAUUUGUGGGCGACAUCCUAUCAGUGUUUUCCUCCAUAUGUUGAAGAAUUGCUCGACCAAGAUAAAAAUAGGAUUCCUUCAAUAUGAGCAGUCUAGCCAGUGCACAUCAAUGAGGGACAGCAGUGUAAGUUAUGCAUCUGCCGCCCAAGACUGUGAGUUGAUGCUACCUGCCUACUUCCAUUAAAAAGAAAAGGUAUCAGCUGAGUGUGGUAUCCGUUAUGCCACUUCCCUCCUUCCUUAGCAAUGGUUAUUUAUUUUUCUGUCCUUUUUUAAGAAGUGUGGAUAUCUUUUGGCUUGGGCAACAAUUACAGGUUUAUUUUGUUUAUGUUUUCGAUGUGUGUGUGUGUUGCUGUAGCUUGGUUUUACCUUUGUUUAACCGGUCCAUGGAAGUGUUCAAUAAAAGAACAUUUGAUUUUGUACU